GUUGAGUCCUUGCAUUGUCAACCACGAUGUCGACACCGUCCUCGACACCGACACCGUCCUCCUCAUCAAACACUGCCAACAUUAUAACUGCAUUGGGAAAUGCAUACAAGACACAGACGGGCGACCCGCUACCGAGCGACAAGAUCGCUCAACUCCUGAUCCAGAACAUGAGCCAGCUGAGCGAACUUGCGAAACAUGGCAAGCUCACUCAAGCCCAGAUCUUGCAGCUCAAAGAGUACGCGGACAAACAUAAGUCUGGAGCGUCGGGGAGUGCCUCUACCCCUGCACCCGCACCUGCACCUGCGCCUGCGCCUGUCGCAGCACCUAUGCCUACCAACCCAGCAUUUCGAAGCGCACCUACACCCUUCCUGAAUGCCAACCCCAGCACGGAUUCCUAUCCUAUCAGUAGCACGCCGACUGUUACGAAUCCUGGUCCGGUUCAAUGGCAAAUCUCUCAGCAAGGCCGGCCUACUCUGACAGGAGGUAUAGCAGGAGGCAGGAUAUCAGGCACGCCGGCGCAAUUGACGAAACCGUCUGAUGAUGCUACUCUUCUGAGCACGGACGACAAUCGGACGCGCCGUAAGAACACUCCUGGCGAUCAGAGUAUGCGGAGAACAAUUCAGGAUCUGGUGUCGAGUAUAGAUCCCAGUGUGAAGAUUGAACCCGAAGUCGAGGAUCUCCUACUUGACAUUGCGGACGAGUUCAUUGACUCCGUUACGAAUUUCGCUUGCCGUCUGACGAAGCAUCGAGGCGGUGAUACGUUGGAGGUGAAGGAUCUGCAAUUACAUCUAGAACGCAACCACAACAUUCGAAUCCCUGGCUUCGCUUCUGAUGAGACUCGCAUCUCCCUAUCUCAAAUGACAGCGGCACCUGCAGCUCCCGCCGCCACUUCCAAUAAGAAGGGCAGCGCGCAAGGUGCCACACAGACCCCUCGUAACCAGAGGCUGGCACAGCUGCAAACCGCAAAAAGAGAAGCUAAGUUGAUUUGAUCCUUGGUCUGCGUCGUGUCGUGAUGUGUUCUUUUCUUGUAUUUCACAUGGACUGAUAUUGUAUGCUGUACGUCCUAGAUAGCUCGUACUACUCUGCCAAUACGAAGCUUUUCCUUGCUGCGCGCCCCUGCCCAUCGAUCAGCAAACGGGAGCGCCCAUCAAUAUGGGUCGAUGGCGUAGUUGGUCAUCGCAUCUGUCUUACACACAGAAGGUCCUCAGUUCGAGCCUGGGUCGACUCAUUUUGGUCUAGAAACCUCUCCGUCGCCGUCCUCGAGUGCGAACAUACAAAGUGGGGGAGCAGACGGCUUUUCCAGACGGCUUUACAAUAUUGCUGGUCGCUUGAUAAAUC